UGCAGGACUCCAGGCGCCGGUGGCCCGAGCGGGGGACGAGGUGAAGCGGACCGGUCGGGGCCCGGCAGGGACCAGGCCGGAGGCCGAGCGGCGCCGACGGCGGUGGCCGGGAGGGGGGAGGAGAGGCGCAGCCCGCGGAGCCGCCGCAGCAGCUCCCCCGCCGCCCGGGCUGAGGGGCUCAUCCCUGCCUUGUGCUUAGGAACACAAGACAGCGCUUCAGUGCACCUGGGGACUGUUUUCAACAGUGAAAUCAAGGAAAAAGCACAAAAAUAUGACAAACAUGGCACUAAAGAGAUGUGAAAAGGAUACUUGUUUACAGCCUGAGGCUGAAACAAGAAGGCAGAUUGCCACUUUGUUCUGUCUCAGCUGGAAACAUGGACCUCAGGAUUUUAGGGAAAGAAGAUGGAUCAACCUAGUGGGAGGAGUUUUAUGCAAGUAUUAUGUGAAAAAUACAGUCCUGAAAACUUUCCUUAUCGCCGUGGUCCUGGGAUGGGGGUCCAUGUUCCAGCCACACCUCAGGGCUCUCCUAUGAAAGAUCGCCUCAACCUCCCAAGUGUCCUGGUGUUGAACAGCUGUGGAAUAACAUGUGCGGGAGAUGAAAAAGAAAUCGCUGCCUUCUGUGCUCAUGUGUCAGAACUAGAUCUUUCUGACAACAAACUGGAAGACUGGCAUGAGGUCACUAAAAUUGUGUCAAAUGUUCCCCAGUUGGAGUUUCUAAACCUGAGUUCCAACCCUCUGAAUUUAUCGGUUUUAGAAAGAACGUGUGCUGGGUCCUUCUCUGGGGUUCGCAAACUUGUUCUCAACAACAGCAAAGCUUCUUGGGAGACCGUCCACACGAUACUGCAGGAAUUACCCGAUUUGGAGGAGCUCUUCCUGUGCCUUAAUGACUAUGAAACAGUGUCUUGUCCUUCAAUUUGCUGUCAUUCUCUUAAGCUACUGCAUAUAACAGACAAUAACCUCCAAGACUGGACUGAAAUACGAAAGUUAGGAGUUAUGUUUCCUUCACUGGAUACUCUUGUCCUGGCCAACAAUCAUUUGAAUGCUAUCGAGGAGCCUGAUGAUUCAUUGGCCAGAUUGUUUCCUAAUCUACGAUCCAUCAGCCUCCACAAGUCAGGUUUGCAGUCCUGGGAAGACAUUGACAAACUAAAUUCAUUCCCCAAACUUGAAGAAGUCAGAUUGUUAGGAAUUCCUCUUCUGCAGCCAUAUAGCACGGAGGAGCGAAGGAAAUUGGUAAUAGCCAGAUUGCCAUCAGUUUCCAAACUCAAUGGCAGCGUUGUUACUGAUGGUGAGCGAGAAGAUUCUGAGAGAUUUUUUAUUCGUUACUAUGUGGAUGUUCCACAGGACGGAGUGCCAUUCAGGUAUCAUGAACUGAUCACAAAAUAUGGGAAAUUGGAGCCUUUGGCAGAAGUGGACCUAAGACCCCAGAGCAGUGCAAGAGUGGAAGUCCACUUUAACGAUCAGGUGGAAGAGAUGAGCAUUCGUCUGGACCAAACAGUGGCAGAACUGAAGAAACAAUUAAAAACUGUAGUGCAGUUACCCACAAGCAACAUGCUUCUCUACUAUUUUGACCAUGAAGCACCCUUUGGUCCGGAGGAAAUGAAGUACAGCUCUAGGGCGUUGCAUUCUUUUGGCAUUAGGGAUGGAGAUAAAAUUUAUGUGGAAUCCAAAACAAAAUAACCUCUACCAGCCUUGUAACAACACACACAUAAGGACUUCUUGCGGGCAUUUGUUUCCAGUGUGGUUUCCUUUAGGAGGGAGAAGGUUGCUUUUGUUUUGUUUUGUUUAGGUUUCAGGGGGGUUUUGUAUAUUUUUCCCCUUAGAAUGGGUAAGGAGCUGUUUGGGGUAUUUUCUACAGAUUUAUUGGGCUCAGCCAACAGAACUGACUACGUCUCCAGUCCCUGUGCCCUCCCAGAGGCAGGAUGGCUGAGCAGUCACCAACUUCUUACUGUGUUGGCUGGGCUCCAUCUACCGCACGGUCAUCCCUGCCAUGUAGGCGUACGUGGAAGAGGGUGUGAAUAGUGUACCCUCCUUGGAUGGCAGCUCAUAGUGUUCAAACAGGAGACAAGGCGUCUUUACAGGAAGGGCCAGCACGUCUCUCUCACAAACCCUCCCUUUUCCCUCCCUCUCCCUCCUUUCCAUUUUGGGUUCAGCUUUUCAUUUUGACUUGUGACAGCAUGUGUUUACCAAAUAGUUUAAUUCUGUCCAUAAUUAACUUCUUUCCCAGCGUGGGUGACUUUUUUCCUCCUCUCUCUGUUUUGAAAUAAUUUUAAGUGUUCUAAGCAUUUUCCAACCUGAAUCUGCUCUGAGGUACUCAGAACCCAUGACUCUGGGGAGAUCUCGUGGGAGAGCAGAUGGGAAGUUGCAGCUCCAGGGAAGCUUGCCUUGUUCUGGAGGCAGGCAGGGCAGUCCGACUUCUUUGUGUGUAACUAUCUCGAUUUUAAUGUUCCUCACAUAAUAUGAUCGACCAUUAUUUCCGUAACAUGAAAUAUGUCAGAUUCUAGAGUUCUUUUAUAUUUUGCUUAUCGAAUAUAUUUCCUCAUGUCUAUUUUUUCAUUACUUUAAACUGUUGGGAA